AUGGAUGAAAGUGACCUUCACCUUCAGUAUGAAGCCCAGCAGCAGCUGGUUGAGCAGCUGAAGGGAAUGAUCAGAGAGAGGGAGGACACCAUCAAAGCCAAAGACAAAGAGCUCCAGGACACAAAUUCCAAGUUAUCCAAGCUGAAACUUCAGGCCAAAGCCAAGGUGGUGAAGAUGACCUCACAGUUAGAAGAAGCAAAGAAGGCAGGGGAGGCAGGAGACAGGGAAGGGGAGACAGGGGAAGUGUUGCUUGACCCACAGGGAGGGAGAGACAGGGGAAGUGUUGAUGAUCCACAGGACUCCGACACCAGCAGCAUCACCAGUGAAGAAGGGUCUUCCAACAAGGUGUUCCGGGCCAAGACCAAGAUGCUGAAGCGGCAAUUGGAGGACAAGGACAAGGUCAUCCUUGAGAAGGACGACAUCAUCAAGGUCAGGGAGAAGCAGAUAGAGGACAAGAUGGCCAUCCUUGGGGACCGUGAACUGAUCGUGCACGACCUCACCGAGCAGCUGGAACAGAAGACAAAGCUUAUCGAGACUCUGCAGGGCAUACGUGAAGUGGGAGGAGACGGAGGCUCUGAGUCCCAGAUUCAGGAGAUGUACGCUCAGAUGGUGUACAAGGACAAAAAGAUGAUGGAGCUCAAUAACAAGAUUCUGGAACAGGACCGAAAAGUGAUGGAUCUGCAGGAGUUUGUUGGGGAAAAGAAUGAGGUCAUCAGAGGCAGAGACAAAGUUGUUGAGGUUAGUGAGGUCAUGGAGAUUUUGCAAACAUCUUUAAAGGAGAAAGAUCAAAGCGUCCAGGAUCAAGCGACUUUGAUCGUAAAACUUACCACUAAAGUUGAACACAAUGAAGAAACAAUAGCUCUAAUGAUUGAGGAUCUUCGAAAGGAGGAACACAAAUUGAAAGUGGAAAAAGAUAAAUUUGAUCUCAAAUUAACAGAAACUCAGAAGAAUUUUGAGGAAACCCUGCAAGAAAGGGAGGUUGAAAUAAGUAAACUCCGGGACUUGAUCAGGGAAAACCAAAAAGACAUUUCUACAAGGGAGGGCGAUUUGAAAGAACUGAUUUCUCGACAUGAGAGGGACAUUCAGCAGAUUAUGUCCAAGGGUGAAGUAAACAUCCAUGAUCAUGUGAUGAAAAUGUUGGAACAAAAGAUGAAGGACACCAAUGACGUCUUGGAUGGAAAGAUGAAAGUAAUUCAGGUUCUUCAAACUGAGAUGGCUGAGAAAGAAAAUCAGUUGGCUGAAAACAAGGAAAUAAUGAAAACUCUGAAGGAUAAACUGCAAGUAACCUCUGAACAGUUGAUGCUGCUUCAGGCUAACUUUGUGGACAUGGAGGCACAGUGGAAAACAGAAAGAGAAAGGCUUGAAAAGAAACAAAAAGAUCUCAUCGAAAAACAGGAAACAGAGAAAAGUGAGAAAGAAUUGCAGAUGCACACUUUGAAGACAACACUCACCCAGUAUGAAACAGCCUAUGCUCAAGCAUCUGAGCAGUACAGUGCUUUGCAAGAAAGGUAUCAGCAAGCUGUCAUGGGUCAAGGUCAAGUUUCACCACUGCCACCUGUUGCAGCAUCUUCUGACUCUGACGAAGUUCAGGCACUUAGAACUAUGGUCGAUCAACUGAAGGCUGAAAUAGCUCAAAAGACUAAUGUUCCUUCUUCCAAGUCUGAGGCUCAAGAUUCUGAUGAGGUCCUUGCAUUGAGAACUUUGGUUGAUCAGCUCAAAGCAGAGAUAGCUCAUGGGCCAACAGCUAAAUCUGUGGCUGGGGACAGUGAUGAAAUAGAGGCACUGAGGGUAAUGGUGGACCAGCUGAAGGCUGAAGUUAUUGACAAGACAGAAAAGCUAGAAGCAGCCAAAAAGUCAGAUGAGGUUGGGAAGGGAGAGACGAAGAUGCUGAAGAUGAAGGCUCAGAUGACCUCCAAGAUCAAGUCCUUGGAGAAGGAAGUCACACAACUUCGUAAGGGUAGUGAUCUUGCUGAUGAGGUCAUGACCUUGAAGAAUCGCCUGGCAGAACUGGAAGAUGAGAAGGGGCACUUGCAGCUGAAGCUGGUUGACUUUGAGGAGCUCCGACUGCAGCAAGGUAAGGCAGGGUCAUGGAUCGCGGCUAUGUGCUCAACUUGA